AUGGUUCUGGUUCUUGUUCAUAGUGAAUGUGGAUGGUGCUGUGUUACGAAAAUGUAUGCUCCUGAUUUCCAAUCUUGCCCGAAAUGUGGUAUCGAAAUUGAGGAUACUAUGUUACUUUCCACUUUUCAACCAAAUCUAUAUGUCUCAACUGCUCUCAACUGCUGUUGUAUACUUCUGAAGCCAUCAUCAGAUACAUUUGAAAGAUACAAACUGGGAGAUAAUCUUCAUAUUGGAUUAUCAAAUUCUAAUGGUGUAGUAUUUUCUUAUACUAAACAAGGCCUAGUAGCAGAGUCAUUUUGGAAUGAUUGCCUCUGUAUAUAUAAGUUCAGUAAUAACGAAAUGUACGAUAUGCGGAUGAAAACUUUUAUCAAGAAAUAUCGCAAUCGCUUUACUCAUAAGGUUCAGUACGACCAUUACGAUGAGAAGAAUUGGAACUGUUACGAUUUUGUUGUCGAAUUCUUGCUCGAUGCUGGUAUACUAAAAUGGAGUACACAAAUAAAAGAUCAGUUUGUCGCUGAAUAUAUAUGCAAAGCGUUGCAAAAAAUACUUCGAUAUUAUAGUCUGCUGGAUAAAUUGUCACAAGGAAAAGCUAACUGCUUUGUACUGUCAUGA